AUGAGUGAAUUGGUUCUGCUUUUACCAACCACCAUGGACGAGUUGGAAAAGGAGGAAUUUGAUCUCUACGAAGUGUUAGACCUUAAUCGAGAUGCUGACGCUUCAUUAAUUCGUCGAGCGUAUCGUAAAAAGGCACUUUUAUAUCAUCCCGACCGUAUUCGUGAGGAAGAUAAGAAAUUGGAAGCGCGUCAUAAUUUUGAGCGUGUUGCCCUAGCAUAUAGUAUACUCAGUGAUGACAAGAAGAGAAAACGCUACGAUGAAACGGGUUCGCUGAACUUAGAUGACACUGAGUUCGACUGGAAAGAAUGGCUCGAUGAGCAGUAUGGAGGCAUUGUAUCCAUGGAGAAAGUUGAAGAGUUUAAAAAGUCAUACCAGCAUUCGGAAGAAGAGCGUGAAGAUGUUCUUCAAGCUUACGUUGACGCUAAAGGUUCAAUUGAUGGAAUUAUUGAACAGGUAAUGUGUAGCUCUGUCGAAGACGAACCACGAUUUCGUGAAAUUAUUGAAGAAGCUAUCAAUGAAGGAAAGCUCAAAAGAUACAAAGCAUUUAAAGCUUCAAAAUCAGAAGCGAAGCGUCGGAAAAGAAAGGCUAAAAAAGAAGCUGAAGAAGCUGAAGAGCUUGCUCGUGAGUUAGGCCUUAACAAGAAAACCGGAUCAGAGGAUUCUUUGGCUGCAAUGAUUCGUGCACGUAGCAGUCAACGAAUGGAAAAUAUGAUUAGUAAUUUGGAAGCCAAAUAUUCAAAGCCAAAGCGUUCAAAAAAGGCCUGAUAUUGGUUAGUUGGAUUACUGAAUUUACUUAAUGACUAUAACGAUGUUGAUAUCCAAUUGAUUGUCUGGCACUCUGAGAGAACAAUACCGUGUAGCGCAUAGUUAAAAUAACCGCCGGAGAGCUAACAUGUACUCGUUGUCUGAAGACGGCUAUCGUCUUAGGAGACAAAAAUCGACCCCGACAGGAUUUGCACCCGCGAUCUUUGGUGAACUCGAGACUCCCUAAGGAGUGGUCUCUACCGGAAACCAAUGCCUUGCUUCUAGGCCACGAGGCCGCUUGUUAUAAGUUUGUAAUUUUAGUUAUAAUUAUUGUUAAGUUCUUAUAUUAAUAUAUAUGAAGCAUUCUGCUACUAAAGUUAUUGUCAGGCGU